AUGGGAAACGACGGAGGAACAAUUGCCAAAGGCCAAGAUCUUCGUGCAAUCUACGCCGGCGGGUCGGAAACCCAAGACCGUCUAGAUAGCAACGACGUUUCGCUUUUCAAUACUUGUGCGUUGUCUGCUUUGCCCUUGUAUUCUGAUGGCAUCGCUGAACCUGUCGUGGGAGACUCGCAGGGCCGUCUAUAUUUGAAAGAAAAAGUGCUAGAGAACUUGUUGCAGUCCAGAAAAGGCGGCGAGUCCCGCUUGAAGCAUAUUCGUGGCUUGGACGAUAUAGUCACGCUUACCAUCAAGCGCAAUGCCAAGGGCCAGAUUGUGUGUCCUGUGUCUGGAGUAGAAACAUCAGGCAAGUCUACCUUCUGCUACCUCCGACCCUGUGGAUGUGUUUUUGCCUAUAAGUUGAUUGUCGAUCUUCGAAAGCAUUUUCGUAUCCGCGACGACGAGCCAGACAUCAAGCGAAGCGAGUGUCCUGCUUGUGCCAAAGAGUUCGUGUUCAAUUUCGACAUUGUCAUUUUGAAUCCGGAGAAGAGCGAGGCUUCUGCUCGUUUCAACGAUAGAAACAUUGCUUACUUGGAGAAACAAGGUCUCUCCCAUUCGAAAAGACAGAGGAAAAAGAAGAGAAAGGAGAGGAAGACGGAUAAUCAGAAAAGCGAGAAAGAAACCGUUGUUCUGUGA